UAAAAACAAUAACAAGCAAAUAUUACGGCACAGCGUCAUGAGUUUAAAGUUAAAUUGCUCGUGGAUUUCGACGGGUGAACAGUGUCGAAGAGAAUGCAUCAAAACCUUGCAGAUUUAUACUCUGCAUUCACUUAAUUCCGCUUCUUUAAAAAUAAAGAGAUUUUGACAAAACCAAAGAAUUAAUUACGUACUACUGAAUCAAAUAGAUUUCGAAAAUGACUCAAGAAAAUGAAAAUAUUGACGAAAAUAAUUCGAAUAUUAAUUCGGUUAUUGAGACACCGCCUCGGCCGUUUCGAAUCACCAUGGAAUUUCCUUUAUUUUUCACCAUGUUAUCGGUAUCAUUGUCAGGUGCUGCAAUAAGCAACUUAGUCUUGUACAGAACCUGUGUUCAUUCUUUAAACCACACUCAAGACGAGUGUCAGGUAUUUUUGUCACCAACUAGGAACAAUGGCAGUCAACAUUUAGAAGAAGAAGUACAGAAAUAUGCAACAUUUGUAUCUAUGCUGCGGACUAUAAUAGAAUCAGUUGCACCUGCUAUCCUGUCUCUUUUCCUUGGAGUCUGGUCUGAUACUCAUGGAAGGAAGCCCUUAGUUGUAUGGCCUUUACUUGGCAUGUCUCUGAGUGGUGGUCUGACCGUGGUCUACAGUAUGAUGGACAGUUUAGGCCCAUGGUGGUUUAUCCUCACGUCCAUACCAGUAUCUUUGUCUGGUGGUUUUACGGCUAUGUUCACGGGCUCCUUCUGCUACGUGAGCGACAUUUCUACUAAAGAAAAGAGAUCUCUUAGAAUGACGAUAGUCGAAGCUUCAGUAUCAGCCGGCAGUGUUAUAGGUGCCGUGGCAAGUUCGUAUGUGUUGCGAGCUGUUGGAAAUGUAUACUUGCUGCUGAUAUCAGCGAUGUUGUUCGUAAUAGCUUAUGUUUUUACCAAUGUUUGCUUGAAAGAAUCAUUAGCCGGAGCUGUUCAGGGAGGCAUUUCAACAGUAUUAGACUUUAAACUUAUAAAAGAGAUGUUAGUCGAAUGUUUCAAAAAGCGACCAAAUCAUGGACGUGCCCAAAUUCUUCUACUAACAUUUGCCAACAGCUUUUCAAUAUUUAUAAUGUAUGGUCUCAUGAGCUUGGAGUACAUGUACACGAGGCAAAGACUGCACUGGGCGAUAAAACAGUAUACGAUAUAUUCAGCUGUCAACACGACGAUAUCAUUCUUCGGAUCGUUCUUCGGUGUUGUAUUGGUGCAAAGACUCUUCAAAGUAACCGAUUUGGCGUUUUCUAUCGUCGCUUUCAUGUCGACAACUGUUCAUUAUUUAAUUAAAACAUUCGCUACAGUAUCGUGGCAAAUGUAUCUGGCUUCUGCUAUAAGCCUGUUCAGAGGGUUAUCAUCACCCCUAAUAAGAUCGCUGCUGACGAAGAUACUACCGGCGCAAGAUAUAGCGAAGGUGUUCGCGCUUAUGUGCACUAUAGAGGGCAUCAGUCCACUUAUAUCACCUGCAAUGUACAACUCCUUAUAUGCCUUCACAAUAUCAUCAUUCCCAGGAGCUAUAUACGUGCUGAGUGCGGUGAUAACGACUAUAUGUGGGAUAUUAUUAGGAUUUGUGCAAUACUACAGAUGGCGACAAUCGUCCAUAGUUUAUGACAGUUUGUCCAACGAAUCGUAAUUGCGUAACAAUUAAUGACAUCUUGGUGCUUAAACGUCACAAAAUAUUAUAAUUAAUAUGCAUACAUUGUUGGCACGUCUAUAUCGUACUCGUGCCUUAAGCAACACAAAUGUCAAUUAACCUUAUAUCAUAUUAUUGUAGUUUAUAUCCCUCAAGCCACAGAGCCAAGGGGAUACACGUGUAGAUCAAGGAGUAGAGUCAACUGCCGUACAGCUCUACUCGUUUUCAUUGUUUUACAAGUAAUAUUCUACACUUAAAUUAUUGGUUUUUUAGUCGAAAGUUAUUUGUGGGUACAGAUAUUACUUUGAAGUUUUACCUUUUGGUGAGUGGAACUUAAAUCAAUAUCAGACAUCUAAGCAGACGUGGAAUAUUUUUUUUAAGUGACGAGAGUGAUAUUUAAUAAUAAAAAAGUAACGUAGAUAAUAAUUUAUGAACAUUGAAGUAAACAUUACUAACAUAAGUAGGCACUCGAUAGUUAGAUCACAAAUAGAUACAAAUCUGACACUUUUUUUGUAUUUUCAGUAUUUUUGUUUAAAGUAUAAAUGCGAAAAUGACAUAUAAAUCGUCUAAUUAUAAAAAAUAUUGGUAACAUAUAAAUAAGCAUAAUAUAAUGUUGGAGAAAACUUCACUAGAUGAGAUAUUCUUCAUUUUACAUUUUGUACCUUUUUCUUUUCGAAGUAUCUCAGUAAUGAAUUAUAUAAAAUAUACUGUGAUAUUAUUUACUGGUGGUAGAGCUUUGUUCAAGCUCGUCUGGGUAGGUACCACCCACUCAUCAGAUAUUCUACCGCAAAACAGCAGUACUUGGUAUUGUUAUGUUCCGGUUUGAAGGGUGAGUGAGCCAAUGUAAUUACAGGCACAAGGGACAUAACAUCUUAGUUCCCAAGGUUGGUGGCGCAUCGGUGAUGUAAAAUUUUAUAAAUUUCUAACAAUGCCAAUGUCUAUGGGUGUUGGUAACCAUUUAACAUCAGGUGGCCCAUAUGCACGUCCGCCUUCCUAUUCUAUAUAAAAAAAUAAAAUGACGAAAUAACAUAACAAAAAAUAUAUUUACCGAAAUAAAACUAAAAUUAUUUACUCAAUAGGAUGUAUGUUAUUUAGUUAGUACAUAGACCGCCUUUAAAUAUAUCAUACAUAUUAGACUGACUUUUAAAUCGGUAAAUUAAUACCAAUAUUUUUUUUAUUCUACUUUCUUACAUGGCAAUAAAAGUGUAUCAAAAUCUUGACCUUUAGUUUGAUAGAUGACUUACAUGCUUAUUAUUGUAGCUAAGAUUAAAGUAAAUAGUUUAUUUGCAUAUGUAAUGUAAUUACAUUAGUAACGCUUAUCAUUUUAUUAACUCAAGUACUAUUAAAUAGAUUGUGAGGAUUUUAUUCGUUACAAAUAUUAUGCAUAUUUUUACUGACUACUAAUGAAUGCACUUAUAAACUUUUUUUAUUAUAUUUUAAAAAAGAUUAUUUUAUAACAUUUUUUGUUAAUAAAAAUGCCUUUGAAAGUCCAAUCCAAUUUUAAAACAUAAAUUAUACUGAAGAUUUUCGCAUUGUUGAUAUUAUAAAGAAAAAUAAAAUUAAGGUGUAAAAAUAAAAAUAUGUUUCCGAACGAAGCAUGUUACUAUAAAAUAAUAACUACGUAAAGGUUAUUUGUCGUGUGUAAUAAAUACACGACAUUAUAAUAAAAUGUGGUGAUUUAUUUGAUUUAAAAUUUAAAAUCGAUUGGACUUAAUUUUUUUGUGUAGUACGACUACUAGUAAUAUGUGUAAAAUAUCAUGAAAUAUUAUUAAAUGAAUGCUUAUAUGCUUUUACUAUAUUUUUAAAGUCAUAAAAAUAAAUAUAUUUAAUAUAACUUUAGCAUAGUAUUUAAGUAAUUUUUUAUAUUUUUACAUUAAAUAUUGUUUAAUAAUACAUGAACAAAAAUCAUGAGAUAGUUUAAAAAUAUUAACUAUAAAACCUCCUUAUCGUUUUUAUCUUUUGACGCGUAAGUCGCGACGCACCUUUUACGAUAUAUUUAAUAGAUGAUUUUCAAGCUCAACUGUAAUUAACUUCACUUUCACUCCAGUUGAAAAAUCAAUUAUUAGGAUUUCGAAUAAAGACCUAAAAGUGAUUUAUUUUCUUUUUCUUUUCGAGCACACGUGGAUAUUAUUAUAUUUAUGCUAUCUUAAGAUAAAUAUAUCGCUCGCUACAUAGAACAUAACACACGCCGAAGUUAAUAUAAUUGCUAAUGCAAUUAAAAGAUUACUUACAAAGUAAUAUAAGGUUCAUUAAUAGCUUUGCUUUUGUGUUAUCAUAAUUUUAUCUCAAAAUAUCGUGAAAUAAAAUAAUAGGUAUAGUAUAACCAUCGUCUCUGACGUGAUAUCAAAAGCCUUAUUUCUCUUUUAAGAUUGGUUGCUCCGCGUCACACUAAGACCUAAAAAGUACAUAUUUUUUGGAUAUUUUAUUACUUUCAUAUAUUAUGAAAAAACUUUAAUGAUUGCACAGUAUAUCGGCAAACCGUUUUAAGAAGAUUUAUUACGGUCCUGCACGGUCGGGAUAAGAGUAAGGUUUAAAGAUCCUUUCGUUUUGUUAUUUACCAAAAUAUUCUCAUGCAGAGAGAUAUAUGUAAUAUGUAUAUAAUUUAAUUUCUUUUAAAACUUUGAUCAUCGUAAUAAAUCAUUCUCUAAACCAAGGCCUAAUAAUAAUAAAUACAAUAUUUUUGUGACGUACUUAAAAUGUUUAUUUAGUUUUGAGAUAAUUAUAAUAAUUGUGAUAAUUUUAAAGUUUUGUUUUAAUCUUGCCAAUACAGGUUUAAUUUUUUGCAAAACAUUCAAUUAUUAUCACACAAAAUAUUUUGUAAUAAAAAGGUCGUUACCACACAAAACUAACCUCUUAACCCGUUUUUAAAAAAUGAGAAUUUUCACAAAUAAUAGUUAUUUAAAUAAUAUAAUAUAUGAUGUAUUUUGUGUUCAAUGCCAUAAUUAUUGCUUGUACAUUUUCGGCUUUACCUAUAAAUGUUGUUGCCCCUAGAUUGGAUUAGAUCAACAAUGUUGUCUAUUUUCGAAUGUCAAAUCAACGAUGACAGAAAGAGAAAAAUCAGCGUUUAACCGAGCUCCCGGCUUAACAACAUUUAAGAGUAAGGCCGUUUAACUUUAUAAUAUAUUGUUAUAAAUGCUUUACAACAAUUUUAAUAAAGAAAUAAAUAUUC